AUGGAGUGCAACAAGGAAGAGGCCUGUAGGGCAAAAACAUUAGCAGAGGAAUUGAUGCAGAAAUGUGAUUUCGUUGGGGCUAAGAAGCUUGUAAUGAAGGCUCAGAGUCUCUUCUCAGGUCUUCACAGCUUACCACAAAUGCUAGCCGUAUGCGAUGUACAUUGUUCUGCAGAGGAGAAAAUCAGUGGUCUUGAGAACUGGUACGGUAUUCUUCAAGCUAUGCAUUUCUCUGACGACGCAACGAUCAAGAAGCAGUACAAGAAGCUCGCGUUGCUUCUCCAUCCUGACAAGAACCAGUUUCCCGGUGCAGAGGCUGCUUUCAAGUUGAUUGGGGAAGCAAACAGAUUGCUCACUGACAAGGAGAAACGGACUCAGUAUGAUAUCAAGCGGAGAAUCCAUGCACGGAUUGCUAGCAGACAGUUGAGUGCAAACUCAGGUCUACAGUCUGCAGCUACAAACAAUGCCAGUGACAGUGUUACGUUUUGGGCAUGUUGCAAGCAUUGUGGCGAGAGGUAUAAGUACUUGAGGCAAUAUGUGAACACGAUUAUGUGCUGUUCCAAAUGUAAAAGAUCCUUCAUGGCAUUUGACACUGGAUUUUGUGGAGAGCCGCCUAAUUCAAGCACUGGUCAAAAAGAAGUUAGAAAUCAGGAGCCGCCGUGUAGCACAUCUGUGAAUACAAAUCAGGAGUCUACUGGUGCUCAACCAGGAGGUGUAGCAGCUGAGGUGGAUAAGCAAGAAUCUUUCAAAGAAAAAUUCAACGAGAAGAAUGGAGGAGGUGAGAAUGAAAAUGCUGAGGUAAGAAAACACAAACCAGAGGACGGAUUGAUGGAGAGUUGUGGCAAAUCAAGCAAGCCAGAGAAAGGUGAGCGAAAGAUGAAGAAUACGGCUGAACUACACAAGCCACAACCUGAGGUUACAGAACCAGAAACAGGUGCUUCUAAAUCUGUACCUGAUGAAUCAGUUUCAAUGAGUGAUCAAGCACACUCUACGAGCAAGGGCAAAAGAAGGAGGAGACACAUUGUUGAGGAAACUACGGGAAAACAAAAUUUAGGUGUUAGAUCAUCUAAACGUUUUGACUGUGGUGAUGCUCCUGCCCCGUCAGAUGUAAAUUCUGGAUUCCAAGAAACCUCGUCAACCAAAGACAAAAAGAGUAAAGGAUGUGAAGCACGUGGAGAAGGGAUGGAUAUGGCGGGCAAGAUUGACCCUAACCACAAAGCUAGUGAGAAGCCUAUCAAGCAGGAGUCACCUGAUCCAGACUUCAACAAUUUUGAACUGACAACGAGCUGUUUUGCUGUCAACCAAGUGUGGUCUCUGUAUGAUCCGACUGAUGGUAUGCCUCGGUUGUAUGCUCGAAUAGAAAAAGUGUUUGAUUCUGAGUUCAAGCUGGGGAUUACGUGGAUUGACCCUUUGCAGGAUAAUAAAGGUAACACUAUUCCCAUUGCUUGCGGAGCCUUCAAAGAUGGGGAUUCACAGGAAGUAGAUGACCAUUUGAUAUUUUCUAGUCAGAUGCUUCACUUACAUCGCGACAAUAACAUUGUCAUUUAUCCAAGACGAGGAGAAAUUUGGGCAGUUUUCAGAGGCUGGGAUAUCAACUGGAGUGCUAUUUCAGAAAAUCAUAAAUGGGUUUAUGAAUAUGACUUUGUUGAAACUCUCUCUGAUUUUGAUGAUGUAGAUGGCCUUGGAGUGGCCUAUCUGGGGAAAGUGGAAGGGUUUGUUUCUCUAUUUCGCAGACAGGCACAGUAUGGAGUUCUCCAACUUCAAGUUCCACCAAGCGAGAUACUUAGAUUUUCUCAUAAAGUCCCGUCAUUCAAAAUGACUGGAAAGGAGAGAGAAGAUGUUCCUCCUGGGUGCUUUGAGUUAGACACUGCUGCUUUACCGAAAGAUUUCGACGUUGAUAACUCAAAAGUUGAUGUUGGGUUGGAUAGAGAAAGGCAGAAUGAGGCUUCCGAGGUUGAGGUGCAGGCAAAUACUAAUCUAGAGAGCACUCCAUCUCCAAAGAAACGCAAAAAAGUCCAUGAAAAUGGUGAAAUGAGGUCAGUGAAGAAGUCCAGAAAGAGUGUCAAAACAGUGGAUGGUUUGAAACUGCGAAGAUCUCCUCGUCGUUUGAGUGAAACAAACAACCAAGCAACUUCAAGGUCAGGUCAACGAAAAGCUGAGAAGAAUAGUGUGAAUAAUGGUGAAUCCUGUGGACAGGCAGAUGGGUUUUGUUUAUCUGCUGAGAAGAUGACUACACCAAAGAAACCUGAGAAGAUUGACGCAACGAAUUCCUCAGGAAUCAGAGAAACGCCUCAGGAUACACACAAACCGACAGGGAACUCAAAGAAACGUGAUAGAAAUGAUGAGUUGCUGACUCAGUCGAAUGGUAGUACAAGAAACUCAGAACCAGAGACUCAUGUGCCGUCUAGUUGCAGAACCAGGCAAGAAAACACUUUUAACUUUGAGAAUCAGAGAUCUGCGGACAAGUUCUUGGUUGAUCAAGUAUGGGCUAUCUAUAGCGAUGAGAAAGGGAUGAUGCCUAGAAAGUAUGGUCAGAUCAAGAGAAUCGACACAAGUCCUGAGUUCAAGCUACACGUAGCACCUCUAGAGCUGUAUCGUCCCUCAAGUCGCAUGACGACACAUCCUGUUUGCUGUGGCCACUUCAAGUUGAAAACCGGUAUAGCAGAAGUGCUUCAACCUAGCAGCUUCUCACAUGAAGUUAAAGCGAUCAAGAUUAGUGCAAAAAGAUUUGAAGUCUAUCCAGGAGAAGGUGAGAUCUGGGCUCUGUAUAAGAACUGGAAUUGUGCUGAGACUGAAGAAGUUGAGAUUGUGGAAGUAGUGGAAACCGACGAGCAGAGCAUUCAAGUGGUGCCUUUGACUGCUAGAGGUGUUAACAAGCUUCUCUACGGAAAGAGUCAAAAUUCAAAGGCGGGUUUUGUAGUCAUAGCUAAGACAGAAGUGAGUAGAUUCUCGCAUCAGAUUCCAGCGUACAGACAGUUGAAAAGAGUGACUCGGUUUGGGGAUGGAGAAUGUUGGGAGCUUGACCCUAAAGCAGUUUCUUGA